AAUUAAUGUUCAGUGAUAGAGAUUUAACGUAUUAUAGUUUUGGAUGCACAGCAUAUUGCCCUGCUCACCUAUCAUCUAACUGUCAAAAUAAAGUUAUUGCGAAUUGCGAAUAAUAGACACAUUUGUUGAUUGUUUAUAAAUUCUUUCCUAGUUGCUGUGUUUUAAUAUUAGUUUAAUAAUACUGUAUCCGAGUAAAGGUCAUGCCUGUUGGAAGAAAGCGGUGGAACCUUCAUGGCCCACAAGGCUCAUUGAGGCGGUUAAGGAAUCAGCUAGCGGAGGAUGGAUGUGCCGAAUCGCAAGUAGUCUUGGCCAAGCAACUUUUAGAAGAAAAAUGUGAACUGGAGGCUGACAAAAUUUCAAACUUCAAACAGGCGCUGGAAUGGCUUAUCUGUGCGACGGAACAAGCGCACCCUGAAGCUAGGAGAAUGUUAAGACGGUGUAUACGCAGUGGGGUGAUAGACGAGGACAGUGCAGCGAUAGUUCGCGCCAAGUCAUGCCUCGCCGCCAGUCGGCAGGAGAUCGUAGCGCGGAAAGCGGCAAGGGAUCUGUUUGCUAGUUUAUCAAAUGGGGAGCAGUACAUAACGACGGCACAGCUGGAGCGCCGCAUCCGGGAGAUCUGUACCACCACGUUAAAGAAGGAUGAAGAAGAUAGUGAUACUGCUGAUGAAGACACACAAGAUGAAGCGUGUGCUUUGGAUGGAGAACAGGCUUUAGAACCUUCAAUAUUUGAAGCUGGAGAUCAGAUACAUGUCAAUGGUACUAUAAGAACUGCACAAUCUGAUGAAGAUUAUCACGAGGAAGUUGAUCAUAGAUAUAUUCGUAACUUGACAGUUGACAAUUUAGUGUCAGCUGCUGUAGAUUACUGUCAAGGAGAGUUACCUCUAGUCAGUUACGAAUUGACACUAACUGACCCUAACAUUAAGGCCUUAGACCAUAUCCCAUUGUUUCAGCAAGCGUUUUUACAUCCAAUAGUUUUCAUACAAGUUAUGUAUCUUAAAUUACUUUUUUACUUCGGUACUUUCUCAUUUAGGCUCUCAAAUAUAGAAUUAUCAUUCCUUUUGGUAGCUUAUUUAUCAACUAAUACUGAAAAUGUAUACCAUUUGGUUACAUUAAUAUUAUAUUAUGUUAGUUUCGUAUCUAUGGUCAUUAGUACAUUUAAAAUGUUACUCGCUAAAAGACAGUUUAUCGAUUUCAGAAAGUGGUCCGGUUUAUUUUUAAGAUAUAGCGACGGUAAUUUACAAACUGACGAAUCUGAAAAUUUAUUUGUUAGAAAUAAUUUGUAUCCGUUUGUACAAUUUUUUAUCUCAUUACUUGUUAAUCUUUUCCUAUAUCCGUUUAUUUCGACACAAUGGGUUCCGUUUUCGGAAUUCUGCGUCCUCUCUUUCUGUCUCAUGUUUCUCACUCUCUUCUCAUUCGGUACGAAUGGUAAUCUCUAUCCGGAUGUAUUAGCUUUAGUUUCUUUCGGAAUUAAUGUUUUAGCUAAAUAUCCUUACGAAAAAGAUACAGUUGUACAUCAAGGUUGGAGAUUUCUGGAUUUACAUAUAUCCAAUUAUCCAUCUUAUAUAUUAGGGAAUAGUAUUGAAUUUUGCUUGAAUUCAAGAGUGUUUUUUUCUUUAUUAAUUCCUAUUAUUCUAUUAUCAAUGGCUAAAAGGAGUGAUUGGCAAGGUUUCUUUAAAUAUACCCUCCCACAUUGUGUUACGUUAAGUUGGUUACAAAUGUUCAUAACAUGUUCUCAUGGAUGUACAACAUAUGGUCUAAUAAGAGGUACUUUGGCUUUGGUCUGUUCGUUCCUAUUUCUACCUUUGUUAGGAGUUAUUACUGUCACUUUGCCUAUAUUCGCAUUUCUACAAUAUAUAACUCUAUCCAGAUUGUUCUAUACUGUAUCUAUAUUGGUAGGUUUUGGUAUAAUUUUAUUGGUAACUUGCGUAUUAGCGAAGUCUGAAGCUACUAAGAAAUUUGUGACACCAUUACAGCUGACCAUUGGACUGUUCACACUUCUAUAUCUAAGUAAUCAGAUAAUAGGUGAUAUACAGGAUGAUGGAUUUCCAUCCGGACUUAUAGAAUUAAUAGGUGAAGAUAAAUCAAGUAUAAAAAAUCUAUUAAAAAAUGAAUUUAUAACAGAUUAUGAAGAUAAUAAUUACCAGAUUACAUGGGAUGAUUAUUACAGUCAAUGUAAUACGCCAUCUUGGAUAGAAACCAAUAUGGCCGACGCUCAAAUCAGAUGUUCUAUUUUGAAUGGCGCUCACGUUAAUUGGGAGGGAUAUAUUAGUGAAGUUAAAUUGAUAAAUGUAAAAAAUCAAUUUAAUGAUUUUGCUGCUUGGUUGCCGAGUUUUUUACAAGAAUAUUUCAAAUGUUAUUACGGUGAAGAGUAUAGUAAUUUCUGUCAGGAUACAAAUAGAGCGGACUCUGUUGGCGGAUGUGAGUUUGUGAAGAGUGUUGCCAGACAGAGCGGCAAAAUUUGCCAUUUGAAUAAUUUGAAUGAGUACAGUCAUGAAAUAAAAUUAAUAAUGGAGGCUAGUGGUGGUUUAUUAAAACGACAUGCGGACAUUUCAAUUAAAUUUGAUCAUUAUUUUAGUAAUUAUACUCGUUUAUUACGAGCGGAUGAUAAAAUACGUUUUAAAGGGAUUUUAAUGAAUGAUCAUAAUUUGUAUACAAUCGGUUCAAAAGAUAUUAAAAUUCAAGGUUACGAAAUAAAUUGUAUCGAAUGUAAAAAUACUAGAGAAGCCAUAACUGCUCCAAGACCAACUGUAUCCAAAUUGAAUAAAUUCAUUAAAACUAUAUUAAAUGAUUGUAUAGUUUCAACUAAAUAUAUAUUAAAUUUCCUUUUAAAUCCCGUUAUAGUUUUCAAAUGA